AUGAAUCCUGUACUAAAGGGGGAUUAACCAUAUUUCGAAUAACAGCGAAAAUCCACUAUUAGUCCAGAAACUGGAAAGUAGAUUUAAAAUACACUUCAUAGAAGAAUCAAUUAUUCGUAGGCUGAUUUAAUUACUCCUAUUACCAUUAAAUAAAAUCAUAAAAAAUAAGCAAUAAGUCAAGGAUUACAAUAAUUACUUAAAUCUAGCCCUUAUUCAAAAUUAAUAUCAUAAAGAUCAUAAUUAUAAUUAUAAUAUUAAGAUAAUUUUUCAUAAUAGUAUCUGAAUGGCUAUACUCCAAAUCAACAAUAAUCUUAAGUAUUGUUCAAACCUGAUAUAAAAACACCUUCUUUAAAUUCUACUACUUCUAGCAGUAUCAAGCCAAGAAUACGUAAUCAUGCUAAAGAUUCUUUAUAAAAAAAAUCAUUUGAUUCUUGCAAUGCUAUGUCAUUUAGAGAAAAAGAUAAAUAAACUAUUAAUCAACUUUAAAAUAUAAUAUAGAGAACAUCUAUAUUGUUAUUAACAUAUAAACAAGAAUUAUAAAAAAAUAUUAUCGAAAAAUAGGAUUUGAUCAGGCAAAUCGAAAUUUUAGAACAAAAUAAGAUAACAAAAUGA